AUGGUCUCGGACUGGCGCGCGUACGUGGCGCCUGGGAAGCGCGAGACGGUGCAGCAGCAGAUCGUCUCGGUGCUCACGGCGCUCAAGCCCAACGCGCCCGCCGCCGUGCUGCAGAAGCUGCCGGGCAUGGCCAAGCGCAUCGAAGAGAGCUUGUUCGCGGCCGCGACGAACGAGGCCGACUUCACCAACGAGGCGACGCUCCAGACGCGCAUCAUGCAGAUCCAGCAGUCGAACGCGAAUCGCCUUCUCAAGCGGCCGAGCCCGUCCGCGGCGGCACAGGCGCGCGGGCGCCGGCUCAGCGACGAGCAGUCCAAGCUCCUCUUUGCGUACCUCCAAGCGUGGCGCAACAAGACGGUGCAGGAAGAAGGCAUUGGCCCGUGGGACGUGGUCCCGACGCACAUUCUGGCGCAGGUCGCGACAACGUGCCCGCGCAGCAUCCUCGAGCUCGAGCAGUGCUGCCCGAGCGACCACCAUUGGAUCCAAAAGUACGGCUCGUCGCUCUUGCUCACGAUCGUGCAGUUUGAAGCCAAGCUCCCUAAGCAGCACGCAUCGUCGUCGUCGUCGAUGGGACCUCCCGAGAAGCGCGCCAAGGUCGCGAGUCCUCGGAAGCCGCCGUCGCCGCGACAGCCGCGAACGCUCAAGAAGCAAAUCGCCAUCAAGCCGGGCAUGCCGCCGCCGUCGCCGUCCAUCUCGUCGCUCUUCCCAGUACCGCCGCCCUACAACGGCGGUCUUUUCCCGUCGUCGACCGACCCGUCCACGAACGGCCUCACGUCGUUUCUGCGGAAAUCCUCGCCCAAGCUCACGCCGGCAAUGCAGCCCAUCAUGCCUCGCGUCGAGGCGCCAGCGACGUCGUACCCGCCGUUGGCGCCGCCCAAGCCCACAGCAGACGCCACGGUCGCCGAAGACGAAGUGACACGACUACGCGCAAUGCUCGUGCAGGUGCAGCAAGAGAACCUUCAGCUGCACGGCGAGGUCGCUUACUUGCGGCAGCAGCUGCGGCAACAGCAGGCCAACGAAGCCGCCGCCUGCCAAGCGCUGGUGGCGUGCCAAACCGCCAACGUCGCCCCCGCGCCGGCGCGGCCCAAGUCGACCGUCGCCAAGCCCUUUGCCUAG